AUGCUAAGCCGAUUUUCAGACGUUUUGCAGACCGCUGCGGACGUAUUGGCCCCGCCUGCUACUAAAUUAGAAGACUUUGAGUAUCAUUGGAAAAUGGUAGUUAAUUUCUACCAGAAUUAUGAUGAGACCACCAAAAUACAUGUUGAAGAUACAAAAGUGCCCCAUCACUUACACCAGAUGCUGCAGCUAAUUGUAGAUGAAGAGAAGGAACAACAAGGUGGCACGGUGGGGCCGUGUUUAGAAGCAAUAGUUCAAAGAUCCAUAGGUUUAUUGGAUGCGUUAGUAGCGAUCGCAGUUACGGAUAGACCGCCUGGAGCUCGAGCGAUGGCUCUUACAAUAGCUACUGCAUUAUUACGAAGGACAAAGCAGCCGUGUAUUAACAGUCCAAAUGUGUAUAGACCUUUGCAGCGAAUGUUAGUUCAAUGCAAUGAAAGCCCAGCAUCGCCCACUGAGAAAGAGGAAGUAGAACUACUUCUUACACUGUGCGGUCUCGUACGUAAAGAACCAGGUCUCGCAAACAUUUUCACCACACCCUUUAUAGAAGAUAAAGCGAAUUUACUCAGCAUUCCAGAAGAUAUACAGCAGUUGAUACCAGUCAAGUCAAAGAACCAAACUCCUAAAAAGAAUCCACUUUUCGAAGUGGACAUGGUGCCAGAUCCUGUGAAGACGGUGUCGAUAGUGCGAGUGAAUGAAAGUAUAUCCGGUUGUUCCGCGGGGGAUGAUAACGCAUCGUGUAAGAGCCAGAAGACCGUGUACGAUGAUAAUGACAAGUUUCUCCUCAUCGACUUAUUGCUGUCUUACUUAAAUAGUGCGGACAAUCAAGUGGUCCUUCGAGCAUGUGAAGGCAUAAUGAUAGUAUCCUCCCUCCCCGACGACGACAUCGCCAGCCUAGUGACGUCCUGCAGCCCCGCCUGCGAGACCAUCAUCGAGAUGCUGGUCCAGCGCUUCCGCAGCAUCCCCAUAGAUGUGGACCCCAACGAUGUGGAUAAUAGGGAUAUUACGUGGGCUUACAUGGCGCAGGUUUUUGGUGACAAGUCCAGUAAUAGGUUCCACGGGUACCGCGAGCUCGUCAGCUUCUUCUCCUGGCUCGACUACUGCGAUACUCUGAUGAAGGAGUGCCACGCGCACAUCGCGAGCCACCUGGCGCGCACCUUCCGCGCGCACUUCCUGCAGGCCGCGGCCGACGCGCUGCUGGGCGCCGCGCGCGCCUUCCCGCGCCGCGCCGCGCUCGCCGCCGCGCUGCUGGCGCGCGCGCUGCGCCUGCUCGACGCGCCCGACCUGCUCAACGAAUUUUCCAACUGGCUGGUGGGUGAGGGUGAGGGGGAAGGUGAGGGUGAGUGGGCGCUGCUGCGCGAGCUGCUGGAGGCCUGCCUCGCCGGGGACUACAACCUCACCCUGGAGACGCUCAGGUUCUUCGAGGCGGUGGUGGAGAAGGGCACGGAGCACAGCCUGACGCGGCUGGUGCUGGCGCGCGUGUGCUCGCGCGGCUACCACGCGCGCGCGCCCUCGCCGCCCGCGCGCGCGCUGCAGGCCGAGCGCGAGCGCCUCAACGACGUCAGCUUCGCGAGGGAGCGCGAGCGCACCAGGGCGGCGGCGGCGCAGCGCUCGCACGAGGCGCGCGUCAGUGCGGCCGUGGGCGAGCUGCUGGCGCUGGGCCCGCGCCACGAGGAGCUGCACCGCGUCGUCAACAGGCGCCUAAAGCAACUCAUAGAGCGUAUCGACGAGCUAAUGGCGGCCGACACACGCACAGACGAUGUCUCUUUGAUUCCCUCGCGCAGCUUCCUGCUGCUGCUGCCGCGCGGCGUGCUCUCCGACCCGCUCGGCGCCGACUACGCGCACUACGUGCACGACGCGCAGCGACACUACCAGCUGUGGCUCGACAUAACGUCGACCUACAACUGGCCCACAGAGCUCUGCUGCGAUACCACCGCCAGUUCCACGCACAGCUACGACAGCCGGCCCGAGGCUGACAUACACUUGGAUGACGUCUUCGACACUCUUCACAAUGACACAGAUAAUCAAAAACAUCAAAUCGAUUAUCCAAAUCGAUAUGAUAAAAUCGAUACUAAAAAUGACUCGCAGCUACUCCGUAAUAGGGAUGUGACAUCGAGUUUUGAGGAGGAAUUCGAUGAAGGGCCGUUUUUGAAGAUGCUUUUUAAGCUGUUGUCGAAUAUGCCGGACCAGCCCUACCAAGUGAAUCUGCAUCUCACGUCGAUUAUAUCGAAACUAGCGUUGCUCCCGCAUCCAAAUUUACACGAAUACUUGUUGGAUCCUUAUUUGCCGGUAGCAAAGAACACGACGACGUUGUUCAAGACGCUGCAGGACGUGGCGCGCCGGAUCACUAUGGAAGUGCCGCGCAUCAAAAAUUACAAGAAAGUGAUCGAGAGCACGCGGGCGCAGCUCAUGAGCGAAGACCCCAGCUAUGAUGAGAUCGGAGAACAUAACCAGUUGGUGGAGAGCCUGAUAGUCCUCGAGGAGUUCUGCAAGGAGCUCGCCGCCAUCGCCUUCGUCAAGUACCAGCAUCUCGAGCACUUGCACCGA